CUCUCUCUCUCUCUCGCAUUCAUCUUCAGCAUCAGGAGUAAUGGACAGCGUGGUGCCAUACGACGGACAAUGCAAGUACUCUUCAAAUACCGCCUGAUUCACCAAGAUUUUUAUUUUUAAAAAUCGGAUUGAUUUAUAUUUGUCGAUACCGGUCUCCAUUGAGUAGCGGCGGUGGGGAGGAAUGGAACCAGCGGUUCAUUAACCGUUAGCGAUGAAGGCAGAAGGAAGGCUGUGUUGUUCUGUGAGGCUUCACAACAGAUGCAGACUAUGCUGGAGUCAGUGGCUCCAGUGCGUUUCCUCUGCUCCCAGUGCCACUCGAUUACAACGGGAAACCCGCAUAUCCUCUCGCUCCUCUUAUCUUUUUGCCAAUAUGCUGCCUCGUCUUCCUCCUGCUUCCUGCCGUUUGUGACAUGAAAAUAAGGAGGCGAAAGGCACACAGGGGGAUUAAACAAAAAAAAAGAGAACUAUAGCCCGCACCCGAAUAACGAACUCAAACUGAAGACCAUAGACUGUUGUCUGAUUUGACGCGCUCAGCAAGAUAGACGAUUAGCAGGGCUCUAUCUUCAGUCUUUUUAAAUAUAUUAAUAUCCAUAAAACCCGGAAGGAUGGGUUGCAUUCAGAGUAUAACUUGUAAAUCACGGAUACGUCGAGAGAAUAUAGUGGUAUAUGAUGUUUCUGCUACCAUUGAUCAGUGCCCAACUCUAAUCGAGGAGAAUUCUCCCAUUGUUUUACGGUACAAGACUCCAUACUUCAAGGCAUCCGCCCGGGUGGUGAUGCCUCCAGUCCCCCGGAACGAAACGUGGGUUGUGGGGUGGAUUCAAGCCUGCAACCAGAUGGAAUUUUUCAACACCUACAGCGACCUCGGAAUGUCUAGCUGGGAACUUCCUGAUUUGCGAGAAGGCAGGGUUAAAGCUAUUAGUGAUUCUGAUGGAGUGAGCUAUCCAUGGUAUGGGAACACCACCGAGACAGUGACACUGGUCGGCCCCAUUAACAAGGCGUCUCGCUUCUCAGUCAGUAUGAAUGACAAUUUUUACCCGAGUGUAACAUGGGCGGUCCCUGUGAGUGAGAGCAACGUGCCGCAACUAACCAGGAUUAAGAGAGACCAAAGUUUCACCACCUGGCUGGUAGCCAUGAACACAGUCAGCAAAGAGAAGAUUUUACUUCAGACAAUCAAAUGGAGGAUGCGGGUUGACAUUGAAGUCGACCCGUCGAAUCCGUUGGGUUACCGUGCUAAGCUUGUUGGAAGGACACAGCAGGAGCAGCCUCGGAUAUUAAGCAGGAUGGAGCCCAUACCGCCGAAUGCCUUGGUGAAGCCCAACGCGAACGACGCCCAGGUUUUAAUGUGGAGACCCAAACGUGGUCUACCUCUAGUUGUCAUACCUCCCAAGUAGUAAUAGACGCUUGCAGCCGUUCAAGGAAAUCUUCUAAGGCCGUGCAUUUUUAACACACCUCCUAUUUCAUUCAGCAGCAAGGAAUGAGCAAGGUUGGAAUUUUUUUGAGGGGGUGGGGGGGGGAACAUCUGCACUUGUUUGAAGGAGGUGAAUGAAGCCUUUGGUUCGGUUGUACACCUCGGGAUCUCACGUGGCUGUUUACAAAGGUCAUCCGACUGUACAACCAUCCUGGUAACACUUGAUCCUUAUUUUUUGUUUAACUUUUUUUUGAUAGGGCAAUGUUCUCGGUCCAGAUGAACUGGCCGUGGUGCUGAAAUGUGACGGGAAUAAGGUACCACUAUUUUCUAGCUGCCUGCGGGCCGUGUGUGGCUCCACAGUGCAGGCUUCAAUCAGACGAUGCUUCCUACUCUUGCUAACAUGUCCUGACUGUUCGACUGAUUAAUGGAUAGUUUUUUUUUAUUUUGCAUGCACC